AUGACGACGUCGUUGGGCGCAAAAGUGCUGGCCGAAGUGUACCGCCUGCACCACGUCCCGCUGCCCGCCAUCACCCUCCAGGAGCUGCUCAAGCGCGGCCCUGCAGCCAGUCCCGCCGUCGUCGCCACCCUCCAGAACGACACACGCGCGCUGGACAAGUGGCGCGAGGCGAAUGCGCCAGCGAUUGUCACGUCGGCGCAGCUGCUGCACCGCGAAGUGCCAAUCCGUCUUUCACGCCGCAUUGUCGACCUGGAGAACCUGCCGGACGAGCUGCCACAGGCAACGCCCAUUGUGUCUCUGCGCGAACAGCUCCUGAGCAGCUUUGACCAGCUACUGAGCUGCCCGUUCCCGGCCAACCUCUCGGGCGAGAGAGACUUUAUGGCGCUCCACGUCAAGAUCAGGAAGAAGCACGCCACGAUGCAUGGCAACAUUGCUGAAGCCGUGCGGGCGCUCGAGUACGAGCCCCAAGGGCUGCGCGAGUCGCUGGACAAUUUCUACAACUCGCGCAUUGGCAUCCGCAUGCUCGUCGACCAGCAUGUUGCAGCACAGACGCCGAGGCCGGGAUUCACGGGCAUUGUCCAUAAUGAGUGCUCGCCCGUGCAGAUUGCUCGGGAGAUUGCACACAAGGUGCGCUCGUUGUGGCAGGAGAGCCUCGAUGGCGAGCAGAUGCCUGCAAUUGUUGUAAGUGGCGACGAGCAGGCCACGUAUCGCUACAUUUCGGAGCACGUUGCGAUCAUUUUGACCGAAGUGCUGAAGAACGCAGUGCUGAAUAGUGUCGCGGCGGCUAAACGGACAGGGGCCGACUCGCCGCCGCCGGUCAACGUGCUCAUCUCGGGCGGACCCCACGGCAUGUGCAUCAAAGUGUCCGAUUUGGGUGGAGGUAUGACCCGGAAGGAAGCCAAUGCGCUGUCGAGCUACUACCAAGCAGCGACGUCUCCGUCUCCGAACGGAUACGACCCGGUAGCAGAGGCGCUCGAAGGGCGUGCGAUGGGGCUGGACUUUUCGGACUCAUUUGGUCUGCGCAUUGCUCAGCUGUACGCCAAGUACUUUGGUGGCGAGCUGGCGAUCAUGCCCAUGGAAGGGCACGGCGUGGAAACGUAUAUUUACAUGAAAUGCCUCACCGGCGACUCGGAGCUCAAGUGA